AUGGAGAAUCGCAUUUCAUCAAUUUAUCGACCGGCACUCUCAGUCCUCCUCUCUUUAGUCCUUCUCUUCUCGACCUGCGCGGUGGCCCAGAGCCCCGGACCAGCCCCCGCUGGGCCCACUAACGUGACGAAGAUCCUGGAGAAGGCGGGUCAGUUCACGACCCUGAUCCGACUUCUGAGAACGACCCAGGUGGGGCCCCAGAUUGACGCCCAGCUCAACAACACGGCCGCCGGGCAGGGGAUCACGUUGUUUGCCCCGACAGACGCGGCCUUCUCUGCCCUCCCAUCAGGCACCCUCAACUCAAUCUCCGACCAGCAGAAGGUCUCCCUCAUCCAAUUCCACGUCAUCCCCACUUGCCUCUCGUUGCCGCAAUUCCAGACGGUUAGCAACCCGAUCCGUACCCAGGCAGGGGACAGCGGGUUUCCGCUCAACGUCACCACAUCCGGCAACCAGGUCAAUGUCUCCACCGGCGUCGACGAUGCCUCCGUGGGCAACACCGUCUACACCGACGGCCAGCUGGCGGUGUACCAGGUGGACAAGGUCCUGCUCCCCGUUAGCUUGUUCGGGGCUCCCGCUCCCGCGCCCGCCGCGGCGCCACCGGCUGCGAAGAAAUCGGCGGCGGCUGAGAGCCCGGUGGCCGGAGGUGAUGCGGCGGGAGAUUCGUCCGGUGCGGUUUGUGGCGUGAGCGGGGUUUGGGGGAUUGGAUUUGCUGUGCUGGCGGUGGUUUAUAUUUUGUGA